AUGGAACGACAAAUGGCUGCACGGUUUCGGCAGCAUUUGGUGAGUCACGGUCACCUGUGCCACCAACAUUACGGUUUCCAGCCGGGUCGCCCAUGUAUCUCAAACCUGCUCAUGGCCCGUGAGUGCUGGACCGAGGACAAUACCAAAGGACACGAAACGGGCAUCAUCUUCGUGGACUUCAACAAGACCUUCGACAAAAUGCUACGCUUUCAGGCUACUGUACGCUUCCCACGUCAGACCGAGAUUUUAGCACGAUGGUGCGUCGACAUACCCAUGCACUAG